UAACUACUGUAAACCUACUUUUGCCCACCCAUGUACAAUGUAUAUUGAUUGUAGAGGAGCCACAGCAUUUGUGCUUUCCCCUUUUAUAGUCAACUCUGUUCAUCAGAGAAAGAGCUAGAGCAAGAUAGACAGCUUUAUUUGCUCAGACAGCUCACCUGAGCGAGCACGUGAUAGUUCCCUCUGGAGUGAGCAGGCAGUGGGAGGCAGCCCGCUUCUCCCUUAGCCUCACUGGGCAGAACGGCAUGCUGGGGUCACUGUAGUUCUGAUAUUUAAUGAUCUGUCACUUUUUAUAAUGUAACUCCGGAGUGAGCCAACUGCUUCGCCUGCUGCUUAGCCAAACACUGGGAUCUGUUCUGGGCCUGGAGGAGCCCAUGGCGGGGACUUACAGAAGAAGGCCCUCUGAGUACCUCCUGCGUCCCUGGACGGUGGGGAUUAGCUGUGGAUUUCAGGCAUGCUGUGGAAGUUGCUGCUGCGAUCCCAGCCUUGCAGGCUGUGUUCUUCCAGAAAGAUGCUACCAGCUCCCAAACACAGACCUUUUUUAGCUGCCUUCACCUAUACAACUAACCAUCAGCCUAACAAGGAAAAUCAAAGAACAGUGGAAAAGCUCCAUCAGUUUUCAGUUGACAUCAGGAAAAUACGCAGAUUAAAAGGAUGGGUCCUUCUGGAGGAUGAGACCUACGUUGAAGAAAUUGCAAAUAUUUUACAACAGCUAGGUGCCAGUGAGACUGCAGUAGCCAGCAUUUUGGAACGCUGCCCCGAAGCCAUUGUCUGCAGUCCAACCGCUGUUAACUCCCAGAGAGAACUCUGGCAGUCCGUCUGCAAAAGUGAGGAAGAGUUGGUCAAGUUAAUAGAACAGUUUCCAGAAUCUUUCUUUACCGUUAAAGACCCGGAGAACCGGAAACUGAAUGUUCAGUUCUUUCAAGAGCUGGGACUCAAAAAUGUGGUCAUUAGCAGAUUUUUGACAACUGCUCCUAGUAUUUUUAAUAAUCCUGUUGAGAAGAAUAAGCAGGUGAUAAGGGUUCUCCAAGAGAGUUAUCUAAAUUUAGGUAGCUCUGAGACCAACAUGAAAGUUUGGUUACUAAAGUUAUUAAGCCAAAACCCAUUCAUUUUGUUAAAUUCUCCAGCAGCUAUAAAGGAAACACUGGAAUUUCUCCAGGAGCAAGGUUUCACAGACUCUGAAAUUCUCCAACUUCUGUCUAAACUGAAAGGGUUUCUCUUUCAACUUGGUCCAAAAAGUAUACAGAACAGUAUUUCCUUCUCUAAAAAUGCUUUUAAAUGCACAGAUCACGACCUGAAGCAGUUAGUUUUGAAAUGUCCUGCCCUUUUGUAUUAUUCCGUUCCUGUUUUGGAAGAGAGAAUUCAGGGAUUAUUGAAAGAAGGAAUUUCCAUAGCUCAAAUAAGAGAAACGCCCAUGGUUCUGGAAUUAACACCGCAGAUAGUGCAGUACAGGAUAAGGAAACUGAAUUCCUUGGGCUACAGAGUAAAGGAUGGACACCUAGCCAGUCUAAAUGGGACGAAAAAAGAGUUUGAGGCUAACUUUGGUAAAAUCCAGGCCAAAAAAGGAAGGCCAUUAUUUAAUCCUGUGGCACCGUUACAUGUUGAUGAGUAACUGGCUGAUACUGCUUCCCUCUGGCGGUGCAGAGUGAAACUGCGUAGCAAAGACACAGGAGUCAGGCUGUUUGUAGGCACCAGUCAUUUUACCUCUAAGUAAAUAUCCCCCAACUCACAUGCUAUAUUAAAAAAAUAUAAAUACAUUUGUUUUAAAUAAAAGUUGCUAGUUUUGAUCUUAGGCUAUUUUUUAAAAAAUUAUUGUAUUCAAUGGCACAUUAGUGUGAUAUAAGUGAAUCAUUUCUGAGAAACUGACAAGUGUCAAUUAAAAAAACACACUUAUUUUUAUUGAUUUCAGAGAGAGGGAGAGGAAGAGAGAAACAUCAAUGAUGAGAGAGAAUCAAUGAUCAGCUGCCUCCUGCACAUCCCCAACUGGGAAUUGAGCCUGCAACCUAGGCAUAUGCCCGGUUUGGGAGUCAAACCAUGACAUCCUGAUUCAUUGGUUGACACUCAACCACCAAACUAGGGAAACAAGUGUCUUUUUUAAAUUUAUCUAGCACAUUUCAUCUGGGAUGUAGACCCAGCUUUCUUUCUCACCACCAGCUCUGAAACAACUGCCAUGGUGAGAGUUCUGUAGUGUUAAAGUGAAACAGCAGAUUUCUAAUACAUUUUUUUUAGAGAAAGCUGAUUUUAUCUCCCAGUUGGAAUGAGUGUCUUUCAGAACCAAGAAUUACUCAUCCAGAAAGAACAACGAGAGCUUAUUUGCAUGGUCAGCUUGUUUAAAAUUGACCAUUUUUCUCUCUCAUGAAGCGCUUUUAAGUGCAUUCAUUACUUUCCCCAUUUACAGAUGAGGAAACUGAAGCUUAGAGAGGCUGCUCAGCUGCCAAGUGACAGCCCAGAUUUACUGUGAUCCGGCUUCUUUUCAAACCUUGUGAGUAGAAAAAGGAUUGCUUAUGAGUUGGCAUGAAAAAAGUCACCUCUCCCUGACCUGCCAAAAGAGUGAGUACCAACAAAUUUAGGGCUUUUCCUGAAAACUUCUCUGUAAAAUGCCUUCAAUUUGAAAUGAUCUAAUUCAUAUACAUUGGAAGUACAUGGAGCAUUUUUAAGAACUUUCUGAAAAUCCAGGUCUGCCUAGAAAAGGGAGUGUGUGAUGGUCGGUACUUAAGUAGCAUUUCACAUUUCUAUUUCUAAAUCUUGCCAAGAUAAACAUUACCCAGAUAAAGACUGGCCCACUUUCAGCUGUGGAGUUUGAACUUUUAACAACCAAACAAUUGACUCUGAUAGUCAAGCCUCUGUGCACUAUGUGUGCAUGGCCUUUUCUUAAGGAAAAUAUUAUGAAAAAUGUAGGCCAUGUCUUUAGCAAAUGCAAGUAGCCCUCACUAUCCAGUUCUGUUAAGUUCCUUGGGAAAGAAAUCUACACACCACUGAGUGCCAAGUACACUGCUUUGCAACACUAGGAGUCCGGUACCAUUGUUUACUGGUCUACAGUUGAGAAGAUUCAGGCACACAGAGGGUUAGUUACCCAAAAUCUCAUGGGGAUGUUUGUUCAAGAAAAGGAAUAGUAGUACAAUGGGAGCAGGGGCAAGGAGAGUGGUGCAGGAUAAGAUGAGUAUUACACGUCCAUCUAAAGAGCAGAAUCUCAUUCUGAGUGCGAUGGGAAACCCUUGGAGAAACUAGAUACUUUCAGUGGGGCUUUCUCAAUGGUCUCAGUUUGAAAUACAUUGUAUAUUAUGUAGUCACCUUUUAGAUGUUAAUUUUUUAGAUAUCUACUAGAUAUCUGAGCAGUGAGGUCAGAGGCAAAUGCUAAAGUCCAGGAUUGUGAGAAGUUAGGAAUGGAGAUAGAUAUCCAGGGGUCACCGGCGCAUAUCUAUGAAAUGUAAAGCUAUGGCUCUCAAUGAGCUUAUCCAGAAACAAAGUGCAGGUUUGUAGCAGUGGCUGGCCAUUCCUGGAAAGGGUUCACCAGUGGAAGUCUGCCAAGAAAAGAGGGCAUGGUCAAUAAGAUUGAAUGCCAUGGAGAUGCCAACUGAGAUACAAACAGGUGACUAAUGGACUUGGCAAGCAGGAAAUCAUUAGUUGGCCCUAUAUCAGGAGUCACUCUGAUGGACUGAGAAAGGUAGGAAAGCAACUGGAGUAGGUUGAAAGGCUAGAUGAAGAGGAAGAAACCAGUUUUUUUCAAGAAAAUUUUCUUUAAAGA